AUGGACAUCGGGGGUCUGGAGACCGUGGUGGCCAACUCGGCCUACGUGUCGGCGCGCGGCGGCCCCGGCGGCGGCAAGGAGCGGCGCUCCAAGGCGCGGCUCCGCCUGCCCCACAUCUCCCAGUGCGAGGCCCUGCGCGCCCAGCUGGGCGGCACCGCCGGCACCCAGAACGGGGGUCCCGGAGCCCCCAACGGCGCCCCGCCCGGCCACACCCAAGAUGGCGGCCAGGAGACGUCGUUCCGGUGGCAGUGCGUGGAGCAGCCCAUCGGGAAGCUGCUGUUCCGGAGGUUUCUGGAAGGUUCCGCCCAGUUCGCGGCGGCCGGGGCGUUGUGGGCGGAGAUCGAGGCCUUCGAGCAGUGCGAGGACGCCGAGAGGGAGGCGGCGGCCAAGAGGCUGCGGAGCCGGUUCUUCACGCCGGGAGGGUCCGAGCACUGCGGCUUCCUCAGCGCCGCCGCCACCGCGCCGCCCGCAGGCUCCACGCUCCCGUGCGACGCCUUCGUGCCGGCGCGGCGGGAGCUGCUGGCGCACCUGGAGGCGGCGGCCUGGGGGCCGUACCGGGGCUCGCCCGAGUUCAGCCGCUUCGUGCAGUUCAAGUGGCUCGAGAGCCAGGCCGUCAACGCCGACGCCUUCGUGGAGUUCCGCGUGCUGGGCAAGGGCGGCUUCGGCGAGGUCUGCGCCUGCCAGCGCCGCGCCACCGGCAAGAUGUACGCCAACAAACGCCUCAACAAGAAGCGCCUCAAGAAGCGCAAGGGAUACGAGGCGGCGCUGGUGGAGAAGCGGAUCCUGGCGCGCGUCCACAGCCGCUUCAUCGUGUCCCUGGCCUGCGCCUUCCAGACCAAGACCGACCUCUGCCUCGUCAUGACCAUCAUGAACGGCGGCGACCUGCGGUACCACAUCUACAACGUGGACGAGGAGAACCCGGGCUUCGCGGAGCCGCGCGCGGUUUUCUACACGGCGCAGAUCCUGCUGGGGCUGGAGCACCUGCACCAGCACCGCAUCGUCUACCGCGACCUCAAACCCGAGAACGUCCUGCUCGACGACGCCGGUGGGGACACGGGGACACUGGGGGGACAGGGGGACACUGGGGGCAUUGGGGACACUGGGGGGUUCAUGGCCCCCGAGCUGCUCAAGAACGAGGACUACGAUUGGUCGGUCGAUUACUUCACGCUGGGGGUGACGAUCUACGAGAUGCUGGAGGCCAAGGGCCCCUUCCGCCGGCGGGGGGAGAAGGUGGAGAACAAGGAGGUGACGCGGCGCAUCCUGAACGACCCCGUGACCUACUCGGAGAAGUUCAGCGCGGCGGCGCGCGAGGCCUGCGAGGGGCUCCUGGCCAAGGACCCCCAGGCCCGCCUGGGCUUCCGCGACAACGACUGCGCCCAGCUGAAGGCCCACCCCUUCUUCGGCAGCAUCAACUGGGGGCGCCUCGAGGCCGGCCUGGUGCCCCCGCCGUUCGUGCCGGACCCCCGGCGCGUGUACGCCAAGGACCUGGGCGACGUGGGGGCCUUCUCCACGGUCAAGGGCGUGGAGCUGGACGCGGGGGACGCGGCGCUGUGCGACGCCUUCGCCUCGGGCACCGUCCCCAUCCCCUGGCAGGAGGAGCUGAUCGAGACCGGCGUCUUCGAGGAGCUCAACGUUUGGGGGGCCCCGGGGACGCUGCCCCCCGACCUGGACCCCAGCGCCGCGGGGGGGGCCGGCGGGGGCAAGUCCUCCACCUGUCAUCUGCUCUGA